AUGGGAUCAUCAUCGUCUCCAUCUCCCUACGACGCCGUACUGGAAUCAGCACGGCCCUUUCUCCGAGGAGAGCUUGAGAAGAUCGAUCCAAAGCUCCCGUCGUUGAUCGCCGUCCUGAAAAGCGUCGGCGCCGGCGAGUGUUGGCACAAACACGGCAGCUUCCUGGAUCACUUGAUCGACAUCUACAAGAUCCUCAAGCUGUGGAAAGCUCCUGAAUCCGUCUGCCUCUGCGGUCUGUUCCACUCUGCUUACUCCAAUUCCUAUGUCAAUUUAGCCAUUUUCGAUCCUUCCACUGGCCGCGACGUCGUCCGUGACCAUGUCGGUGAAGCCGCCGAGUCGUUGAUCCAUCUCUUCUGCGUCAUCCCGAGACAGACUCUAAUCCACGACGAUCUUCUCUUCAAGUACUCUGAUCGUGAGCUCGUCGAGCAUCUCGAUUGCUCGGAGGUUUCACUGAGAAACGCAAAGGAGAAAGGGGAUUUCGACGGAGAGGAAGAGUGGAGGAAGAAGCUCAACGGUUUAGUGCCUGAAAACGGCGUCGUUGUGAAGCACAUCAAAACAGGUGAAGAGAUCGUUGUGUCGAGGAGAGUCGUUGGUGUCUUCCUACUCAUGACCAUGGCGGAUUUCAGCGAUCAGUUAUUCGCGUUCCAAGACGAGCUCUUCUGUAACAACGAUGGCCGGCUCGAGUUCAGAGGGAACAACGUGACCGCGUUGUGGCCUGGGAGUGGGAAACCUGGGCUGUGGUUGAACUCGAACUCGAGGAUGGGAGCGAUUUAUAGUUUGGUUGUGAGAGAAGAGGAGAUUUUGAUGGAGCAGAGGAGAAGAGCUUCUGGUUCUGGAUUCGUGGUGAGAAAGGAGAGAGACGAGGACAUAGAGCUCGUGGUGCCUCCCGUCUUCAGCUUCUGCACCAAGGUGUUGGAUGCGAAAGAGCAGAUAGAAGCAAGGGACAUGUACUGGGAAGCUGUGAGCAGCGACGCGAGCAAAGAAGGGUACUUGGAGAGGGCAGAGGAGAGAUUGUUGGGGUGUAUCGAGAAGAACCCAUUUGUGGGAGAGCCGCAUGUGUUGUUGAGUCAAGUGUAUUUGGGAAAGAAGAGAUUCGAAGAGGCAGAGAGAGAGGCGGAGAGAGGGCUUGUUCUGCUUUUGCAAUGGGGAAGUCCUUGGGACAAAAGGAUGUCUUGGGAAGGUUGGGUUGCUUGGGUUAGGGUUCUUCUCAUGAAGUCACAGGAUCAAUCUUGGCCUGAUGUUUCUUGGGGUAUCUUGAACUUGGGUCUUGUUCGCUAA